AUGGCCCGCCUGACGGAGAGCGAGGCGCGCCGGCAGCAGCAGCAGCUCCUGCAGACGCGGCCCUCGCCCGUGGGCAGCAGCGGGCCCGAGCCCCCCGGGGGGCAGCCCGACGGCAUGAAGGACCUGGACGCCAUCAAGCUCUUCGUGGGCCAGAUCCCGCGCAACCUGGACGAGAAGGACCUCAAGCCGCUCUUCGAGCAGUUCGGCCGCAUCUACGAGCUCACGGUGCUCAAAGACCCCUACACGGGAAUGCACAAAGGCUGUGCCUUUCUCACCUAUUGUGCCAGGGACUCUGCCAUCAAAGCUCAGACUGCCCUGCACGAACAGAAGACCUUACCCGGGAUGGCGCGGCCAAUCCAGGUGAAGCCGGCGGACAGCGAAAGCCGCGGAGGUAGAGACCGGAAGCUGUUCGUGGGGAUGCUGAACAAGCAGCAGUCGGAGGAGGACGUGCUGCGGCUGUUCCAGCCCUUUGGGGUCAUCGACGAGUGCACCGUGCUGCGCGGGCCUGACGGCAGCAGCAAAGGCUGUGCCUUUGUGAAGUUCUCCUCCCACACCGAGGCCCAGGCAGCCAUCCAUGCCCUGCACGGCAGCCAGACCAUGCCGGGUGCCUCCUCCAGCCUGGUUGUCAAGUUCGCCGACACGGACAAGGAGCGGACCCUGCGGCGAAUGCAGCAGAUGGUGGGGCAGCUGGGCAUCCUGACACCAUCCCUCACCCUGCCCUUCAGCCCCUACAGUGCCUACGCCCAGGCUCUCAUGCAGCAGCAGACAACGGUCCUGUCCACGUCGGGCAGCUACCUGAGCCCUGGCGUGGCCUUCUCACCCUGCCAUAUCCAGCAGAUUGGCGCCGUCAGCCUUAACGGGCUGCCUGCCACGCCCAUCGCCCCUGCCUCUGGACUGCACUCACCCCCGCUGCUUGGCACCACUGCCGUGCCCGGGCUCGUGGCUCCCAUCACCAAUGGCUUCGCAGGGGUUGUGCCCUUCCCUGGGGGGCACCCUGCCCUAGAGACCGUGUAUGCCAAUGGCCUUGUGCCCUACCCAGCUCAGAGCCCGACCGUAGCCGAGACCCUCCAUCCCGCCUUCUCCGGAGUCCAGCAGUACACAGCCAUGUACCCCACCGCGGCCAUCACGCCCAUCGCGCACAGCGUCCCCCAGCCGCCGCCCCUCCUGCAGCAGCAGCAGCGAGAAGGUCCCGAAGGCUGUAACCUGUUUAUCUACCACCUCCCCCAGGAGUUUGGAGACACGGAGCUGACGCAGAUGUUCCUGCCCUUCGGCAAUAUCAUCUCCUCCAAGGUGUUUAUGGAUCGGGCCACCAACCAGAGCAAAUGUUUUGGCUUCGUGAGCUUUGACAACCCGGCCAGCGCGCAGACCGCCAUCCAGGCCAUGAACGGCUUUCAGAUCGGCAUGAAGAGGCUCAAGGUGCAGCUGAAGCGGCCCAAAGACCCGGGACACCCCUACUGACCGCGCCCACAGCCGCCCGGAGGCUGCGGGCCUGGCCCAGGUGAGGGGCCUUCCCACCCCAGGAGGGCUUCCCGCUUCCAACCGAUCCCGGACUUUUCCG